AUGUCGGCCAAGCCCGCUUCGGUCGACCGCGUCGUCACCGACGAUGCCAGCUCCAACCCGGACCAAAAGUCGCUCACCAGCGUCUCGGACCAUGCUGCCCCUCCCGCUGCUGCGGAGCAGAGUGGCACCAAGCAGACUUUCCUCGAGUUGAUUGGUCUGCGCGACCCCAAGCCCGAGGCACGCCCCGUGUGGGAUGGUCAGAACCCCUCAUGGUUCCGAUCGACCUUCUUCCAGAUCACCGUCCUCGGUGGAUGCUCCUUCCUUGCUCCCGGUAUUUGGGGUGCCAUGGCCGCACUUGGCGCAGGAGGCUCCCAGGACCCCAGCACCGUCAACGCCGCCAACUCGCUCACCUUUGCCCUCAUGGUCGUCACCAGGCUCUUCACGUCUUCGCUCAUCGGCAAGACGUCCGUGCGCUUUGCACUCGCUUUUGGCACCAUGGGUUAUGCGCCUUACGCGGCGGGCCUCUACCUCAACAGCGUCAACCAGACCCAGUGGCUCAUCAUUCUCGGCGCCGCGCUUUGCGGUAUCAGCGCAGGCACCUUCUGGAGUGUCGAGGGCGCCAUUGCCCUCGGCUACCCAGAGAGGUUGAAGCAGGGCAAGUACAUCGCCUAUUGGCUCAUGUUCCGUGUGCUCGGUCAGCUCCUCGGCGGCAUCAUCAACUUGGCGCUCAACUACAACGACAGCGAAGCAGGAUCCAUCUCGACCAACACCUACCUCGUCUUUGUCGUCCUCCAGUGCAUCGGUCCUCUUGUCGCCCUGCUCCUGUCGCCACCGCACAAGGUGCAGCGCACCGACAAGACGCCCGUCUAUCUGCACAUCGAGUCGUCCACCCGCCGUGAGCUCAAGCUCAUGUGGAAGCUCAUCACCCGACGCGAGGUGCUGCUGCUUCUGCCCAUCAUCUGGCAAUCGACCUGGUCUGAAGCACUUAUCGGAACUUACGCUGUCAAGUACUUUAGUGUCAGGUCGCGCGCGCUCGGAUCGCUCCUCUCGGCCGUCACUGCCAGCAUUGCCAACUACAUUCUUGGCUUCUUCCUCGAUUCGCGAAGGUUCACUGUCAACAAGCGCGCCAAGUCGUCGUUCAUCGUCAUCUACGCGAUCCAGGCCGGCUGGUGGGCGUGGGCUAUCUACAUCAUGAACAAGUAUCACAACACCACGCCCAAGCCAACCUUCGACUGGACUUCCUCUGGUUACGGAGAGGGCUUCGGCGUCUACAUCUUCCUCCAGAUCGGCUUCAACUUGAUGUAUGAGUAUAACUACUUCCUGAUCGGGCAGUUGUCCGACGACCCUUCCGAGAUCAUUCGUCUUGCCUCCAUCGUCCGCGGUGUCGAGAGCGCCGGUCAGUGCGUCUCGUACGGCGUCAACAGCACCAGCUUCCGCCUCGACGCUGUUGCCGGCCUGAACACGGCGCAGUGGGCGCUCAGCAUCCUGCCCGCCUGGCUCGUCAUUCGCAAGGUCGGAAUCCUCGAGGACGGAACAAAGAUCCACGAGCCCAGGACGUAUGCCUCGGAAGACGACCGGCAGAAGCUCAAGCAGAGCGGUCUCGAGACGGCAGAGUACGACCUCAAGGGCGACAAGUAG